AUGGGAGGGACGUCGUGGUUUCAGAAGCAGUUCACUCUCCCUGCGCGCUCACGGGGAUCCUAUCUUAUUACUGAUAUUGUGCUGCGGGAGUUGCCAGAGAUCCGGGAGUACAAGAUUGGCCUGUUAAACCUCUUUAUCCAGCACACAAGUUGCGCUUUAAGUUUGAAUGAGAAUUGGGAUGAGGAUGUCCGUGCGGAUAUGAGUGAUGCACUUGACAGGAUUGUACCUGACGAAGGGCCAAAAGGAGAGGCACUCUACCGGCACGAUGCUGAGGGCCCUGAUGACAUGCCGGCCCAUGUCAAGUCCGCCCUGAUCGGAGCUAGCGUGACGAUACCCAUCAAGGAUGGUAGACUUCUCACCGGAACCUGGCAAGGGAUCUGGUAUCUUGAGUUUCGGGCGAUGAAACACUCGCGCAGAGUAGUAGCGACGAUUCAGGGUGAAAAGGCAUGA